GCGCAGGCGGUCCCGCCAGCCCUUCCCCAGCGCCCAGCAGCGCAAAGCCUGCCCUGCUCUGCACCCCAAACCCUGCGGCAACGCUGCCUGCAGCCUGGUCGAGAAACCUCACAACUGCCACUGUUACCUUCCUCAGCAAGACUAGUCUUCUAACCUACACCCUCCAUCAACUUUUCAAAUCCUCUUCAGCUGCAGGGAAGUCAACAUUUGUCAGGCUACUAGAGAAACACAGUGAUGAAUGGGAGAUCAUCCCUGAACCUAUUGCCAAGUGGUGCAACAUCCAGACAGAUGAAGAUGAGUGUGAGGAACUUUCAACAUCUCAGAAGAGUGGAGGCAAUCUACUUCAAAUGCUGUAUGACAAACCCACAAGAUGGGCUUAUACAUUUCAGACCUAUGCUUGCUUGAGCAGAGUAAGAGCACAAUUAAAACCUGUUUCGGCCAAGCUACAUGAAGCAGAACAUCCAGUGCAAUUUUUUGAGAGAUCUGUGUACAGUGACAGAUACAUAUUUGCUUCUAACCUGUUUGAGUCUGGAAACAUUAAUGAAACAGAGUGGGCUAUUUACCAGGACUGGCACACAUGGCUUUUGAAUCAGUUUGAAUCAGAUAUAGAACUGGAUGGCAUGAUCUACUUAAGAACCACACCUCAGAAAUGCAUGGAAAGGCUACAGAUGAGGGGAAGAGAAGAGGAGCAAGGAAUUGAGCUUGAGUAUUUGGAAAACCUCCACUAUAAACAUGAAACCUGGCUUCACGAAAGGACUAUGAGAGUUGAUUUUGAGAACCUUAAAGAGAUUCCUAUUCUAGUUCUGGAUGUUAAUGAAGAUUUUAAGAAUGAUAAGAUUAAACAGGAGUACCUGAUUGGUAAGGUAAGUAUUAAAUGUUUCCUCAUCUGCUUUUCUUCUGUAGUAAUAGCUACAAGUUACCAAUCUACAUUCUCAAAAUUUGUGAUAAAUACUUGUUCGGGGCUAGUACAGUCAGUCUCCUUCAUAGACUUAGGAAGCUCCAUGGCUGCAGAAAAGGCUUUUUGCUUUCCUUAAAAAAAAAAAAAAUGUAACCCCACCUCACUAUCCUCACAAUUCAAGGGAAAACUGGGUGGUUUUAAAGAGGGGCAGUUGUGGGGGAUGCAAGUACACAGCAGCUGGAGCAGUCAGACCACUCUCUGCAAGCCUGCACUACCAUACCUUUCAUUAAAUAGUUCAGAGUGAUACCAUCUAACUCAUGUCAGCCACACUGUCUUUAGAAAAAGCCUAAAGUCAGCUUAGAGCUAUUUAUGCCCCCUCACAUUCUAGGGAUCUAGACUCUUCCUGGACAGAGCACAACACACCUGACAAAUGAACCUUGUACAUAGCUCUAACUGCAUGAAGUGACACUUCUAAGUGGAGUUGGGAGGAAGACUCAACAGCCAUUUGAGGAAACAAGGUGGUAAUAAAUAGGUCACUUGAGUCAAAAUGGUGUUUGCCAAUUCCAAGGGAAGGCAAGGCUUAGGAAGUAAACACCCGAAGAAAUUCUUCUGCUGGAACAACAUGCCCAGUCCACAACAAAAAAAACCCACCUCAUAGUACUCAAAGGCAUGGGACUCAUCCCCAAUCCUCCAAGCACAGCUGUAACAUUACUCGUUUAAUUCACAGCUUAGGGAGUUAGGAACCAGACUACACUCAGACAUGCUUUCUUUUAACUUGCGCCACUGAAAGGCCACCAGCUUUGUUUCCACCAACUUCACCUCAUCACCCAGCACACGAAGAGGUCAGCUCUACUUUCAGUGUGGGGUGGGAGUACAGCACCAUGCCAAAAGUGCUACCAGAUCAGUGGCUUAGUUUUCAGACAAUCCCUCUGAGAAAGAGCUACCUAAUGAAGGAAAAUUCAUUUUUCUUUAAUGAAGUAACAUUCUGUGAGGCAUCCAGAAGCUACCUUUCAUAAGUACUUGCUAUUUUUGUGUAAUUCAAUCACUCAGUUCUGCCUCAUACUAACAUACAAAUCUUGGGUUCACAGCCAUCUGCUAUACUGAAAAGCAUUUCAGGUCAUGAACUGUAACUAGAGGCAGAACAGCGCUGGAAACUGUACAGUGACAAACUAUUUGUUCCCCAAGAAAGAAAGGGAAAAGCCUAAUGACUUAGCUCUUCUUUUAACUCAUCAAAUGUAAAUUAUUUUUAUUUUCACAGGUCAAGUCCUUCCUGACUUCUUAACACGAAAAGUAAUCUGAAUCAAGUCCCUGAAGUUGAAGAGUUAAACCUAACAAUCAGUGUUUGCUUAGACAGUUUACUUAGACAAUUUACUAUUUAGCUUAUUCUAAGGCAAGACUGAAGUGCAAAAUAUGGUUUGGUGGUUUAUUUUUCUUUUCUUUUUUGCUUGUCUGACCUGUGUGGAUUCUGAUGGGAUUUUCUGUAUAGUUGAAAGGAGGAAAUACGGGGUGCUUUGAUAACGUACUUUGUGUAUAUUCUCUACUGUUUAAUAAAGACUUUAAAAUAAUAUUGACUAGUAGGUUGCUGUAAGGACAGAUAGUUAACUGGUUAUCAGCAGCUGACAGCCCCGUGAACAGAGAUAGCAGGCACUGGGGCAGGGUUGUUUUGCAAUCCAAUUCACCAUUUUAAGACGAGCCUGUUAUGGCGUCCAGAAACCUCUACCGCCAACUCCUGCGUGCCCAGCGGC